AUGUCAUCACGAGCUUUGCGACGGACGCAGCGCGAGCUGGAAGAGAAGAAACAGCUGGAAUUGUUGGAGCAAGAAAAUAUAAACGAACAAGAGUCUGACGAGGAAAAUGAGCCCGUACUUGCACCGAAGCCAGCAGCAAAACCCAGUUUGUUUGCUAUGCUGGGUGACGCAGGAGACGGCGACGAUGAUGAGGAAGAUGAGGAAGACGAUGUAGAAGAGGAGGAGAAGCCCGCAGAUACCGUAGAAAAGAAAGAGAUUCAAGUUACGCCGGCACCAAAGCCUUCCAAAAAGGGAAAGAAGAAGAAAAAGAAGGGUAAAGGCAAGAACAACACGCCAGCGCCUCAAAAGGCAGCCACGUCGCAGGAUACUGUGCACGGGCUGGAUGAGAUUGAUCAAGCUCUACUUGCAUUGAACUUGACCUCAGGUACGAAGUCAAGCAGUGAUGAUCAGCCUACAUCAGCUGCCAGUGCGGAGAUGCAACAACUGUUCUCUGCACUAGCUGUUGACACUACACAUCUUCACGCCGCAAAUGAGAUGCGCAAACUCUUUGGACGUGCAGCCGUACAAGGCACUGAUGACGACGAGCCACGAGCGCGGAAUCGACGCCAGCAAGGUGGUAUAGCGGCUGCAGCUGCUGGUCGUAAUCAGCCAGGUAGUCGUAAUUUGGCGUCUUUAGGUCUCCGUCGCAACAUCUUUAUUCAAGGAAAAGAAGAAUGGCCACGUGCAACCUUAGGCGGUCUCGGUAUGGAGCUGGUUGAGAAACGGGACGAUGGCACGGUUGAAUAUCGCUUUGUCCACAACACUUCGUAUCAGGAUGUACAACAGCAAUUCGAGACUUGCGUUACCGGCAUGGACCCAGAACGCAUGGUCCAACUCAUGCAAUUCAACCCCUAUCACAUCUCAACUCUGCUCCAAGUCUCCGAAAUCGCCAAGCAGCAACGGGAUAAUGCGACAUCUGGUGAGCUACUAGAGCGCGCACUUUUCGCUUUCGGCCGAGCCGUGCAUUCCACGUUCUCUCACAAUCUUUCCCAAGGCAAGGCUCGCCUGGACUUCCGCCGCCCUGAGAAUCGCGAAUUUUGGCUCGCGGUAUGGCGCUACAUCGCCACGUUAGGCAUUCGAGCCACCUGGCGAACAGCUUUCGAAUGGUCAAAGCUUCUCAUCAGUCUGUCUCCAGAAGAUGAUCCAUACUGCAUGCGUCUCACCAUCGAUCAGCUAGCCCUUAGGGGCCGGGAACCUCAGGCUUUGGUCGAUCUGGUUGAAGCUGACCAUCUUCAGCGCGCCUGGAAGAUCCCACCAAACCUCGCAUACUCCGUCGCCCUCGCUCACGACCGCCUGAAGAACCCUACAAAAGCGCGUGUAGCGCUCCGUUCAGCUAUCAAAGAGUACCCCUGGAUAGCAUCCCGCAUCUGUAAAGAACUCGAGAUCUCGCCCAUACCGAAGUCCGUAUGGGGUAAGGAGCCAAACAGCGAUCACCAAGAACUUCUUACCCAGAUCUACGUACCACAUGCGAAGGAUCUCUGGAACACCACAGAAGGAACGAGUCUCUUAGUCGAAGUAUGCUACUCCAUCGACGAGUCGCUCGGCGCUGGCGAAGACCCGUACUGGCUCGCCCCCAUCAACGAAACCGACCUCGCGCGGCACGUCAUCCUCUCCGACUCCCCGCCCCUCCUCGCGCUUCUCGAUCCUGCUAUCAAGAAUAAGUAUACAUCGACCUCCGACCCUCUUCCACCCGACGACAGCAUCUCCUCAUACUCGACCACACCUAGCACUGUUGCCCCAAUGGCCGCCCUCGGACGCACGGAUGCCCUUUCCGAACUCGAAUCUCUCAGGCAGUACUUCCAGAACGUAGACCUAGGGGGCAUCAUGAACGAGAACGGAGACAUGACAGAGAAUGGUCUGCUAGGUGCGCUGGAGCGGGCGGGCACUAGCUAUGCGGAGUUUCGGCGCAAUACAGAUAGGGUGCAGGCGAUACGGCAGAGACUACAAGAUCUAGGCGUACAAGUCAUAUUUGAGGGACAGGGAGGGGAGAACGACUCGGACACUGAUGAUUGA